CACCUUUGAACACGCACAACGGAUUCCUGAAAGAACAAAUUGAUCUUCCAGCAGACUUUCCAGUAUUCGAAGUGGCGGUCAUCCAUUGUCGCAAAUCCAGUGUUCGAGAGAGAACGGACCAGGAGGAGCCUCUAAUGAAGGGCAGUUUACACUCGACAGGAGCCAGCCGAAUCUGCCUCGAUCGAUUGAGACACAUUUCUGGCUCUCAUGCAUGACACGUCACGAAAAAUCAAUUCUUGAAUGUGCCCGGUGCCCACGCCUUUCAUGCACAUUGCAAGCCACAAUCCUACAGCCUCGUUGUCAGGAAUUGUUAUCUCCAAGUCCUGACCUCCCUCAGACAGACACUUUAUUCCUUCUGGUUUGUUUCCAUCCCUUUCGCACCUAACAAAUUGACCUGGCAACAUGUCGGACUGGAAGGAUGCUGCAAUUGUGGCCCAGCGCGAUAUUCUCUUCGCCGAGGAGGUCAACGUCAACAUUGACGCUGCAGACGGCGUCAUAUUCGAACUGAACAAUUUCAAGACGACCGAGACGGUCCGGGGUCUAAAGAUGGCGAUUGCAGCUAAGUUAAACAAUGCCGCCGAAUGGGAGUCGCUCGCGGUUGCAUAUGUUGAUGUAGAGAUGACUGACUUGAAUGCGACCCUUGCGUCUUAUGGAGUUCAAGAUACCGACAUCCUGUUCUUUGCCAGACUUGUGUCCCCCCAGGACCCAAAAUCGGCUACCAAUCCCCCAGCAUACUCGGAGAAGAUACUCAACAAUGUACUAUUCAACAGCCUUAAAGGUCAAACUUUGACUCUGCAUCAAGUAUCUCUAUCCUCUACCGUAGCUGAAUUGAAGCAAAGAUUGGGCCGCGAGAAGUCCAUCAACAUGUCAGAACUGAGACUAAUAUGCUGCGGGAAGCAAUGGGACGAUAACAGGACACUUCUUAGCUACGACCUCCAAGAGAACAGUACAAUUCAACUUGUUGCCAGGCUCCGUGGAGGUCAAUGAGAAACUGCGGCUUGGCUGCGGGCAGGAAUUUAUGGAUAGCAAACAGGUUACUCAUUAUGAAUUUGAUAAAUUUACGGUCCAUCUUCUCCACUGCCCAGACCUGCGUGAU